UCAACCGUAGACCAACGUUGUCCGUGUUUCUCCGCCGGCAUAUGUUCUCAAGUUGUUUAACAGCAGAAUCGUCUACGAGCAGUUCGAAAACGCGUCCGUCAGGACCCGACGCCUGUACACGUCGCGGAUCGCGAGAGGUCAGUGUGUGUUUCGACCACCGUGAUGACGGAAUUGGCUUUGUUGUGUCCUGAGUGCUGCUACUGAUGGAGGCAUAUUGCCGUAGCCGCAGUGAGUUGUAUAGAAAACGCGUGGUUAAAAGAUACUGCGAUUCAACGCCCAUUCGACUGCUCCCGUGCAAAUAUCUCGCACAUAUUCCAGGGCGUAGGGUGACACCGUCCUGGCGUGCUAUUGUUUGUACGAUUCGACGUGAUAUACGUCCCACUUCUUGUAGUAUCAUUGUCUGGUUUUCCCAGCUGCGUUGGAAGACGGUCACACCGUCCAGAGAAUAAUGAGAAUCAUAUUUUGCGAGCUUUCAUUGGCCUAAAGGUAGACUUUUUUCGCUAAUUUGUAAACCUUAUUCGAUUUUCAUAAACACGUGACAUUAGCGUUGUGAGGUCAUACGAACCGCAUGCAACGCUGUUACGAGUAGAAAAAGCAGAUUCGAAGUCUCCUAACGCUUGAGGACUUCCUAAACCAAAUCUAACUUCCAACCUCACAAGCGCAACCUGUUUUAAACACCUUGGUCUCUUUGCGGUGCCCCCACAUUCCCUACACCACCAUCACUACCACCAGACAAAUGGUGCAGGUCAUACAACGACUUGUAGGGCAAAACUAAACAACGCGAGCUUAUUCCCACUAACUCACCACCGAAGAGAUCGUAUUCCUCUUUCGUCAUGAGGGAACCUCUUAAGGAGACAGUCUACUCGCUUGACGUACAGACACUCGGCCUUCGUGGAGUGCUGCAUCUUCACGUUCCCUCUUUUGAGAAUGAUGCUACUGAGUCUACGGCUUUUGCUGACAGCCGCUCCCCAAGACAUAAACAAGCCUCCGGCUUUGGGCCACGGAACGAAGUCGAGACAGCGUAUGCAAACACUGUGAUUGCCCGGAACAGCGGUAUCUUUGCUCCUCCCGUGAAGUCUGCCUGUCCUAUUUUCUGGAAGAUAUUACGGAACCAAUCCGUACAGCUGUUUAGUGUUGCCCCGGAUAGUAUUUCUGAGGACACGAGUGGGGCGGCGUACAGUGUGUGUAUUCAUUUUCCCGCAGAUGUUCUUGAUCAUGGUAUCACUUUUGCCCAUAAUGCACAUACCAGUGAAACGUCACUUUUUGUGCUCACUACUGCUCGUGUUUUGUACAGUAUAACACUUCCCGCAGACGCUUUUAUGCGCACUGCCGAAAAUUGGCCCCGUUCUUGGUGCCGAAUUAGUCGACCAGCUUCAUUUGUCGUACGCUCUCCAAUGGCUCUUACUUGUAGCAACGAACAAAACUUGUACGUUGCCUGGCAGGAAGGUGGCUUUGUUCGUCUUGUAUAUGACGAACAAGUGGACGGUUACGUUGAUAAUGUUCAUUUCUCGCACAAUGGUUAUCUUUCUUCUUUAAAGCAAUUGCUCUCAUUGCAAGCAUUACGCUCGGAUUAUGUGCCACCCAACAGAGUGCUUUGUUUGCGUUGUAGUGCAACGCAUAACGUUCUUUUUGUUCUCACGGCUGAUAUGAAUUUGCGUGUGUAUUCGACAAUAACGAACGCGUUGUUAAAGACUCUGCCUAUCGUUUGUGACAAUGCUCCAAAAGCUUAUUUUCACGCCUUUUUGGCGUUGGAUACCGUAUCCAACAAUUUCCUUGCUAUCUACUGUCCAUAUGUUGCCUGGGGGGCAAUUUUGCUCCUUCGAAUUGAAACAAAUGCAGACAAUCAUUUCCUUGGUCUUAGUCCAUUAACACCUUCUCCUAUCCAAGCACCCAUACCCGACGAUAAAGCAUUUGUGCCAUGGAUUGUCACAGGGCUUUGUGUACAUACGAAUUCCCGUGAUUCUCUUGUGAUUACUACGGCAUGGAAAAGCAAUUUGAGCUGUCUGAUUCAGUGUGCAGACGUAAAAUUAGGUCACAAGGUGAAGGUUUCUUGGAGGCCAGUCGCCAACUCUUUAGACGCUGCUGACGAUGAUUUCUUUGAUAUCCCAUCUUCCAUGGCCAGUGGUGACGUUUCUGAAAUAUGGCUCCAGCGCAUAUUUUUUCAAAAAGCUCUUUCUUCUUCGGCACUUGAAGUUGCUCUUCUGAUAUACACUGGCCAAAAUUCUGCCGCCGACUUGAACAAUCCGACACUUUCCUUUGACGAUAUGGGACGUCAAGAGUUGGGAGCAAAGAUUGUUCAUGCUGUGGUAGGUAAUGUGCAAUUGGAAGCUGAACAGCAGGCUAUGAAUUAUGAUUACGACGGUUAUCGUGAAAGACUAUACAAUGAGUGGGAUCGUUUUUAUAAACUUGUUCUUUUUAUGGACAAUUACGGAAAAGAGGUGUAUGAUAUUGUUUACCUGCCUGGUAUCUCAGCCCUUGCUGCGGCUCAUGCUAACAAAAUUGGUCUUUUGGGAUUAGCGUUGCUUCCAGAUAGCAUUUGUGCCGGUGUAGAGAACACGAAUACUUCGGUAACGGCCGCUGAACCUAUUAUUAAACUUUCAUUACUACUUCAUGAUGCACUGUCUGAUUCUGCUUUAUCGGAAUCUCGGUUUGCUCUCCGUGAACUCACUCAACAAGAAAUGACUUAUUCCGUUGGUGAUUCUAUUUGGACGUUUUACGACAAGUAUCUCUCUCAAAGCUUAUCGACAGAGAUGACUUACGCUCUAGUGGAUACGAUGCUUUCUAUGAAAGAUCCCGUGAACACUAUUUCUCGGCUCAUUCGGACCAUAAAAUCUGGCGACUUUGAACGCAGUGACGGAACGCCUUCUUUCCUGACAAGCCUUUUAAUUUCCCGCAGUCUUUUAGAUUCGUUCCAUGCUGUGAACACGAUCGUGGAAUCGUUAUUAUUCCUCCUAUUUGUUGCGGCCUCUCAAGAAAGCAAGGAACUACAGUCAACACUAGUGGGAUGCGACAAUUUGUGUCUUGAACUGCUUACCGACUGGAGCGUGAUUAACUUCUAUAUUGACGCUUCUCGUCUGCUGAUGGAGCCUACGGCAGAGGAAUCAGCGGAUUCCACCAUCAUGGCUGAUACUUCAGCUGAUAAAAUUGACUCAUUAAAAACCCGCUGUACUACGGCAUUUGAAUUCUUCGUUUCUCUAAUUAAUACUGACUUUUACUGCAAUUGCGAGAAACCGGAAACUGACUUGUAUUCAGUGUUGAUUCAAGUUUGCUACCGUCAAUUGUUCUGUUCUUCCAGAAGGCACAUACUUGUUAUCGAGUUGAUGAGCCAGCUUCUCUUGCAGGGACAAGCUAGCCUGAGUAGACAAUUGAUUGGUUGGUUAAAGACCUCUGCCGUUGAAAUGUACCUGAAAGGACAUACCUACCUUAACUGCCUUGAACCCGACAAGGCUGUUGCAUCUUUUCGACGCGCAUUCAUUCCAGUGGAUGAAUUAGCUGACUUCUCUUCAGCAUUCUUUGUUGAUUAUCAAGACUUAGCUGCACUAUACCCCCAAGAGCCACUUGCGUGUUACUAUCUUCACAUUUCCAUGUGUCUGAUGAAUGCUGCUUGUUUUAGACAUGCCGUCACUUUUUGUGAACUCGCUAUCUCUUCUUUAACAGAAAGCAACAAAGCGAUGGAAACAGACAUAUACUACCGAAUGUUCAAGAGUGCAUGUGCUGCCGGGUUAUUUAAAACUGCGUACAUGGCUAUUAUGCAGGUCCCUUCACGCCAGCUGCCUCGUGAAUUUCUUGCUGAACUGUUAAGCAGUAUGGCUGAUGCUGGAUGUGUUGAUCAGAUUCUUAAUUUUCCCAUGCCGGGUCUUCAAAAAACAUUUGAUGACAUCCUUCAAGCGAAGGCUUUAAACACAGUGGAUGUCACGCUACGGCCGUCGUGGUAUCAUGUCUUGUUUGCUUGGCGCAUGAAUCAAGGAAACAUGCGUGGAGCUGCUGCCAUAUUGUUUGAACGCUUGGUCCGUUUCCAAUCGCAAAUGAUUGUAUCGCAGCGUUCACAAUAUGCACAACUGUUGGAGGACUACUUGGUUGUUUUAAACAUUUUGCGCACAUUACCCAAAAAUGAUGCUUGGUUCCUGGCCUCUCGUGUUGAUAGUGCACGGAAUAAGUGCGUAGUGCCCCAGCGUCUCGUUACCCUUGAGGAUGUGGAAAAGGGUUACUCUAAAGCUCUUCAGAGCCUUGCCACUCUUGUUUCCAGUCAAUCCGACAAUGUCCAAGUCGAUGAACAGGUGCCAGCAGGUCUGACAAGUUGAAAAUUGUUUUUACUAACUCUUACAAAAAAUGAUGGAUAUUUUCUAUGAAUACGAUUGGUAUCUACUUUAAUUUUUCAUUUUUUUGAAUUUUAUUGUAUUAUACCAAUGAUAAAACAGUGUUUAAUUGUCUUUCUUAUAAUUAAAGACAGUGUUGUUAAUAAUCUCGGGUUUUUAAGGUUUUAAGGUUGAU